AUGCUAUCGCCGGCGAUAUCCUCUACAGCUUCUACUCCCGGUCGGGCCAGAGCUUCUUGCGAGCCCUGUAGAUCGCGAAAGGUCCGAUGCUCGGGAGAAUACCCGAAACGCGCUGGCAGACCAAAGAGGCCCUGCGUGAUAGCGCGCGCGCCGUCCAGUCCUGCUCGGGAGGACGAUCGCGUGCCGUCACCACCGCAGUCGAAUACCCCCCGGAUAACGAUCGCUACAGAAGAGCGACCGACCCCCGACGAAGCUAAUACAGAUAUUCCGCCAUAUCUCGCAGACUUUGAGAGCUUUGCGCCUGCGCAAUCUCACAGCGACAUCCUCACACAGACAGACAUCAACGCUUCAUGCGCAUGCCUGUCGAUCCUCUAUCUUCUCCUCAAUCGCCUCGGAGUCCGUACCGAACUAAUUGUCCCCGAUGAUCUAACUACUCUGCGAAAUACAUUCGAGCGCGCAACAGAUGUCCUAGAAUGCUCAAAGUGCCCAAUGCGCUUCGCAUCCGUGCUGCAAAACGCGGGCAUCUUGGGCAUUCUAUGCGUCUGCAUCGCCGAGUCCUACGUCAGGCUCAUCAACACGAUUGACGCAAGGGCAAUUGAAGCGGCCCGCAAGGGAGAAAAGUUAAAGGUAGCGCUCAAUCCUUUGGGUCAGUCACUCACCGCGGUCGAUGCAGUGUUGGUGCCGAUUGAAGUGUCUCCUGAACAGUGGAAGAGUCUCAUGUAUUAUGCCGUCAAAUCGGAGAUAUUUGGCAUUGAGAACCAUCGCGACAAGUCGUUCGUCGCGUUCAUUGAGCGGUUGGAAGAGCGACAGACGAGAUGGCAUACGCUACCUGCAGCGCCUGACUGCCCGCCAACGUACCAGUCUGCUUGCUCGUCUUCGGAUGAACUGCCACUCUGCUUAACCAUCACGAAGGCGGCGAGAAAGGUCCUUGACCAGAUAGCUUCUACUCUGGAGUGA